AUGGCUGAUGGCAACGAUAAGAAACAGUUGAAUGUGUGUGUGAUAGGACAUGUGGACUCUGGAAAGAGUACGAUGGUUGGGUGUUUUUUGAAAGAGCUUGGGGAGGUGAAUGACCGAGAGCUUGAGAAGAAUAAGAAGUUGGCGCAGGAUUAUGGGAAGGACUCGUUUAUGUAUGCGUUUGUGACUGACAAGACCAAGGAAGAGAGACGGAGAGGAAUUACGAUAACGGCGACGCUGGUGAAGGCAAACAUUGAUAAUUACAAUCUGAAUGUUUAUGACUGUCCUGGACACAUUGAUUUUAUCAGGAACAUGGUGACAGGAGCAGCACAGGCAGACGUGGGGGUGGUAGUAGUGCCAGCUGAUGGAUUUGAGGCGUGUCUUGGCAAGACAGGAACGCUGGAAACCCAUAUUCUUAUAGCAGGGGUGCUUGGGUGCAAGAAGCUGAUAGUGUGUAUUAACAAGAUGGACUCGCCGGCAAUACCUGAGAGUGAUAAGGCGAAGAAAUUCGAUGAACUGAAGACGGAGAUGGUGAGGAAUAUCAUCAAGAAAUACCACUCUGAUAAGGAUCCGAUAGUGAUACCGACAUCUGCGAUGCUUGGAAUGAAUCUAACUGAGAAAGGAAAUAAGUACAGUUGGUUUGAGGGGUGGAGCGACUCGAAGAACCCGGACGCACCGAAGAUAUAUACACUUGAGGCGGCGCUGAAUUACCAGGCAGAGCCUAAGAGGAUGGACGACAGCCCGUUGAGGAUGUCGAUAUCUGGCAUACACAGUAUACCUGGGAUUGGCAGUGUGUAUACGGGGCGAGUUGAUUCUGGAAAGAUACAGACGAAUAUGAAAGUGGUGAUACAGCCUGCAGAGGUGCACACUGAGGUGAAGAGUUUGGAGAUACACAAGCAGGUGAGAAAGGAGGUUGUGUCUGGAGAUAACUGUGGAGUGGCGUUUAAGAAUCCAUCGAAGGGAGACUUCCGUCAUGUGAAAGUGGGACAUGUGAUAUCGAGGGAUGAUGAGACGGCGGCAAAGGUAUACCCGGCAGCAGAGGCGAAUAUUGUGGUGACUAACAAGCCGAAUGGAUUUAAGGUAGGGUACAGCCCGCUUGUGUGUUUUGGAGGGGCACGAGUGUCUACGGUGGUUGAGGUUAUGAAGCUAAAGAACAACAAGAAUCGGCAGAAAGUGGAGAAUCCUGAGGAUAUGUCUACUGGGGAGAGCGGAAUAGUGGUUAUUAGACCGCAAAAGCCAACGGUGUUUGACUCUGUAUCUGUGUUCCCGUCUCUUGGAAGAUUUGCAGUGAUGGAUUCGAAUAUGGUGGUGUUUGUUGGAAGCAUUAUACGACCGCUGACUGCAGAGAUGCUGCAGAGCGAGUAUGGGAUUUCCACGGAUUCUGCAACGGCUAAUAGUACUGCGACAGCAGCAGGAAAAAAGAAGAAGUAA